CGUCACAGGUCGUUUCGUUCUCUAGUCUACCUAGGUAGUGCAGUAGUAGCCCUCUGCAGCACCUCUCCACCCGUGCUGUCUGCUUUCUGCACGCUGCUUCCAAUUUUGUUCUCUUGUUCACAACGAACACAACCUCACAAUUCCACACCCUCUUUCCUUCUUCUCAACAACGUCACGCCAAAGUGGAAGAAAUCGAGGCUUGACCGAGGUCGCUUCCAGGUUCCCUCGGCGCCUUUUUUUUUUCUCUCUCUCCCACAUCUACCUUUCUUCGUCCCCAGUAUCGAUCACCCUCGCCUCGGAAUUCCAAUUCGUUGAAUUUGCGACCAUUCCCAUUUCCCUUCUGGCCACCCACCCUCCUUCGUAAUUCACCCAUCCUCCACCCCCCAAUUCCUGAUCUCCUCUUCUCCUCCACAUCUUCCCACCCCAAUCCCUCCACCUUUCAGCCUGCGAACUCGACGAGGAAAAGGUUACCAUUUACGUACCAGGACGCUAAAAGAGCUUGGACCGCGCAGCGCACGCCAAAGGACCAGUCUGGAUUGGAAAGCCCAGGACAAAGAAACCUCUUCCCCUCUUCUUCCUGCUUGUCUUUCCGCAGUCCUUCGAUUGUCACAAUCAACCACGACCCGACGACCGCUCUUCUUCUCCUGCCGUCUCGGAGGCUCUGACCCUACGACCUUUCGACAGACCCCGAUAAUGAUAAUGUCUUGACGCUCUAAGGCUCCUUGAUCACCAGCCCGUCCUCGCGCAACCGUUCUCUUUUCGUCCGAUCUCGAUACCCACGAGGCUCCUCAUUGCGACUUGUGUGUCGACCAGCAACCACUUCAACCGGCGCUCUUCAUCUGCGCAUUCACAUAAUUCAUUUCUACCUCGCUGCCCGGCGCCAUUGUCUUGGGCACAGGCUUGAUUGUUUUCCUUCGGGUGGGAUCACAGUCACAAGUCGAUUACAGUUGGGGAAAGGAAGGAGGAUUCAGCAGUGCUGUCCCGGCUUACCCUCAAAUUUGGCUGUUAACCAACACUUACGGCCUUAUUGAUUCAUCCGUCUUCGUUCUUAUUUUUUUUUUCCAAUCACCAGGAGCGGAUAUCUACAAGUUUCUCACUUGUUUUUUUUUUCGGACAAGCUUAACUGACAGGAUCCUUUUCUGCGAUAUCGACAUCGACAUCGUGGUUCGCGACUGGACCGCAGCAAGCGAGGGUCAAGUCCAGGCCCACACCAACACGACGGCCACAGCUGGCCUGUUUGCACACACCAGGUAUCGAACAUGCCUUCGGCCACGACGCGGCGGUUGUAUGAGGAUCAGAUCCCAUCUUUUAUGUCCGUGUAUGACCUGGGCCCAGAGAGCAUGGACCAACAAAGUGCCAUCACCGUGGUCGACCCGCAGUCAGUGAUGCACCUCGAGUCCGAAAAACUACCCGGUGACACACAGCCAGCCCAACUACGAUCAAAUGCAAUGCAUGCGGAUGCUGCCCACAACCAUCACAACAGCACGUCAAGCCGAGCAACCGAGUCGGCUGAAUCAUCGCCUACUACGACUGUGUCUUGUACGGAUUCUUCAGAUCUUUCCGAUCCGUCUCCGUCAUCUUCCCCGGACUCGCCAGUGAACCUAAUACCUCUUUCCACCUUGGCGCCAAUGCAACCCUUCACCAGUGACUUGUCUCGCAUGGCCAGUCUCUCGGUAUCGGACCCCAACCUUGCGCAACGCCCCAUGACCUCGCCUGCGCCGCGGAGACCCAAAAACAUGAAGGGUCUUUCCAUCCAACCACCCUUCAACUCCCUUGCUUCCUCUCUGGUUUCCGAGCCUUCCUCUCCUUCCUUCAUCAAGCCGACAAUUCCUGGCAUGAAGCGGAAGCCAAGCCUGCUCAGCCUCAAGACGAACACUUCAGAGUUGAUGAAUCGCACAACACUAGAGGUGCCCCCUUCACCUUCGGUCCCUCCCAUCCUCCAGCGCCGUGCAUUGAAGCAUUCCGCCUCGACCCCUCACAUGCUCUCUGGUCUGAAGUCCGCAACGUUUGGUCCAGCAGGGGGGAUGACAAUACCGACUGUAUUGGAGCGCAAUGAAUCUGGACUGUCGGAAUUUUUUAGGCCAUCGAGGCCAUUGGCACCCAGUGGCUUGAGCUCUACCAUCCUGGAGGAAGAGGCGCCAAUCAAGGCACAAGUUGCGAACAAGGCGAUAUACGAGGUUGACCCGUACCAUGAGGUGGAAAAUAACGAGGACCAGAAGUCGCCCGGCUAUCCCGAUGGGCCAGUAUGCAUUUACAACGAUAACGUUUAUUUGUAUCUUGAGCCCACCGCAGAGGAAGCUGCUCGCUUUGAUGUGGUCAUCAACGUGGCGCGCGAGGUCUCGAACCCGUUCAAGGUUGGGAUGGGAAGCAAGAGGGAUUCGAACUCCCAAGGGAGACCAGAUAUUGACUCCCCAGUACCUGAUACUGCGGCUACCACCUGUAGCUUUGCCACAGCAUUUGAGUUUAUCCCAGAAAGCGAUACUCCAACUACGCCUAAGGCUCAGUCUCUAAAGGAGCCAGAGUACAUUCACAUCCCAUGGGAUCACAACACGGAUAUUGGAAAUGACUUGAUGACGCUUUGCGAAAUGAUCGAUAAGAGGACUAAGGAGGGGAAGAAGGUCCUUGUUCACUGCCAGCAGGGAGCCAGUCGAUCGGCUAGUCUGAUCAUCGCCUAUGGAAUGUAUCAGAACCCUGAUCUCACUGUCAACGAUGCUUAUCAUGCCGCUCAGGCUAAAAGCAGGUGGAUCAGCCCCAAUAUGAGGCUGAUGUACUGCCUACAGGAUUUUCAGAAGGAAGUUUCAAAGAGGAAGUUGAUGACCUCGAGCUUCAAGCCACGCCUGGGAAGAAGCCCCUCCAGGCACAGGAUGACUUUGUCAGUCGAUAACAUCGACCUACCGGUAAAGCAAGAGCCAUUGACCGCGCCAUUACCAAGGGAGGAUGUUGCGUCGAAACACGCCACACCUAAUCUCAGUCCAACACGAGGCCGAGGGCACUCUACACCGAAGAGGGGAGAGCCAAUAUCGCCAGGUCCAUCAUCCGCUCCUUCGAGCUUUUCAUGGGCCAUCAAGGAAGACGAGAGGGAUCCUGGAAGAUUUGGUCGCUUCAACGUUAACUUGGGCAUCAAGUCUCCCGAGCCGGAUAGGGGAAGGCCAUCCACCCCAUCACCCCCGUUGAAAUCGAAACCUUCCCGCGGACUUUUUGCUCCCACGCUGGCAGAACCUCCAAAGUCACCUGGCUUUGGCCCACCUCUCGAGGCAGCCUUCUCCAAGCCACCACCAUCCCCGGGUUUUGGCGCUCAUCGGUUCGGUUCACAGGCAGGAUUCGGGUUUGUGCCGUUGACACUAGGAGCAGCGCCAACAUUGGCAGCGCCGCCAAAGCGCAAAGUGAGCAAGGAUGCUACGUCACCAGAAAGGCAUAUGGCUGUGGUGCGAGACUUUGAAGACGCCGCACUCAUGUCUCCGCGUGCCGAGACAAUGACAGCGAACCCUCUUCAUGAGCCCUUCGCGGGUAUUCCCGGCAUGCAAUUCGUGGAGGUGCCGCCCACGCCAGGUGAAGGGUUGUUCUCACCUCGGGAGGCACUGUUUCCCCGCGACACUUGCUAUCCAUUUGGGCGGCCAAAACAAGUGGCAGACCCUAGGAGUCCACCAACAAAGGGAGAAACCCCUAUUGUUCGGUCUAUCGAUGAACUGCUAUGAGAACGCCGGACAGUCUGAUCCAGUCUCUGCAGGGAAAAAUCAUCCUUUGUAUCAAUAUCAUUACUGUACUCAUUGGUUCAACAUCACUAUGCCAAGCAUUGAAAGGUGGCGUUUUUUUCUUCUUCUUUUUUUUUUUGCGAACUUUGUUCUUCUUGUUUUUCCUUGUGUGCUGGUGGUGUGGUUUGGUAAAAAAAGGGUAUCAAGGCUCGGGUCUGUGGUGUGGAAUGCGAUACACGUUUGUCCCGACCUUUUCGCUUCUGCAAAUUCCCCUUGAUUGGGUGGCCUACUUAUUCUUUUUUUUUCCUUUGUUUUUCAUGUUUGUUUGGGCGCUGUUAAGCCCUCUUCUAGGUUGUUCUUUUGUUUUGAUAGGUUGUUUGAGCCCGACAGGCACACACAGAGACACAGUGGGAGGGAUGGAAGGGCAUCGGGGCAACGGAUGUGUUCCGAUUUACAUGGUGAAAGAAAAGAAUGAAUUCACACUACUAUCUACUGGUUCAAUUGCAGUUCCGUGGCGCUUCUGUGUCUAGAAUACUAUGUGCACAUUUUGAACAUUUGAUGGGGACAAUGAAGAUAUGUCAAACAGUGAGUGAUCUGAACAUGAGAUGAAACAAUACGCAGAGAUUUGAUGGUAUAGACGGUAUUACAGAUCUACUCGGUUUAUCGAGAACAUGUUGAA